AUGGGACUCAAUGAGUCUUUCAAUCAAAUUCGUGGCCAAAUUCUCCUCGUGGAUCACCUACCAUAUAUCAAUGUUGUGUUAUAUAUGGUUAUUCAAUAUGAGAAACAAAGAGAUGUCAUAACUACCUUGAAUCCUACUGAAACUCCUAUUGCUUGUGUUGUUCAAACUCACAUCACCAACUUGAAGAAAGAUAGGCCAAAUUUUGCUCAUUGUGGUGUUAUUGGCCACCUUAAGGAAAAGUGUAUCAAACUUCAUGGAUAUCCUUCAGGAUACAAGAAACCUCAAAGUUGCAAAGCUAAAAAUGUGAAUAGUAAUGGUACUGCGGGCACUUAA